ACUCUAACUCAAGACAUCAAAGUACGACUUUCUUGUGGACAAGUUGUGUAGAGCGUAAUGGCUCGUGCCGUCAUGGCCUCUGUGAGGAUAACCGGAAACUAUGUUAAGGCGAUGUGUAAUGUGUUUGGAAAUGAUGAGAAGAAAGUGAAAGGGUAUGUUGUGAAGAAAUGGUUGGGUCUAGUUUAGCUUGUACGAUACAUAUGUUCUUGUCCAAUGUUAUUGUCUUUAGUGAUAGAGUAUUAGUCUAUUAACAAUUAGCUAAGGUUUUCAUCGGUAAAGUCAAAAAAGAUUAUGCAAAUUAAAACGACCGAAUUAGUAAAUUAUACUCAAAAGUAAAAAAAAAAAAAAAACUUACAAAUAUUAUGCAAAAUUAAUUCACAAAUUUAUGAAUAAUAAAAUAUCAAUUCCAUAAAAAGUACUAUAUCAUCAAAAAAUUGUGAAAAAACAGAGAGAUUUAUUCGUUUCUGUUAUUCUUCUUUUUGCUACCGAUGUGAUUGAGAACCCACUUAACUCAUAGGUUAAUCAGUCUCGGAUAAGAACAUUCGAACAAUUACCGACACACAAAAACUUUGAAGAAAAAAAGAAAAGAAUAUGUUGUCGAGAUUGUUCAAGGCAGGUGAAAAGGUUUUGUUGAAUCUCGUUAGCAAGAAAGACCUUCACAUGGCGUCGAGGAAUCAGGAGAAAUCUCCCAAAGUGCAAGAGCUUUACGACCUCUGCAAAGAGACUUUCACUGGCAAAGCUCCUUCUCCUGCUUCCAUGGCUGUCCAAAAACUAUGCUCUGUGUUGGACUCAGUUAGUCCUGCAGAUGUUGGGCUUGAAGAGGUAUCUCAAGACGACGAUCGAGGCUACGGAGUUUCUGGGGUUAGCCGUUUCAACAGAGUAGGACGAUGGGCACAACCGAUAACAUUCUUAGACAUUCACGAAUGUGAUACUUUUACAAUGUGUAUUUUCUGCUUCCCAACAUCUUCAGUGAUUCCAUUGCAUGACCAUCCAGAGAUGGCUGUGUUUAGCAAAAUCCUCUAUGGAUCACUUCAUGUUAAAGCUUACGAUUGGGUUGAACCUCCAUGUAUUAUCACACAAGAUAAAGGCGUGCCCGGUUCUCUUCCAGCAAGGUUGGCCAAAUUGGUGGGUGACAAAGUUCUUACGCCUCAGUCUGAGAUACCGGUGUUGUACCCAAAGACUGGAGGCAAUCUCCAUUGCUUCACUGCACUGACUCCAUGUGCGGUGCUUGACAUCCUCACACCUCCUUACAAAGAAAGUGUUGGCAGGAGUUGCAGUUAUUACAUGGACUAUCCGUUUUCCACUUUCGCAUUGGAGGAAGGAAUGAAGAAGGUGGAAGGAAAGGAAGACGAAUACGCUUGGCUUGUACAGAUUGACACACCCGAUGAUCUUCACAUGCGUCCCGGAUCAUAUACUGGUCCAACUAUCAGGGUCUAGAUUUUUGUGGUUGGUUUUGUAGCGACGUAGAGCAACUCUUGUAUCAUUCCAAGAUAAGUCUCUGGAGAAGAUAUCAAAAUACAAAUUUCAGAUGAAAGAUGAACUCUUUGAUUAGUCCA